AUGACAGGUGCCAACCAAGGUGACGGAGCUGAGGUCAUUCCUGGGGUUAACCAACUAUUACCGGAGGAAGACAAGGCGUGGGAUUGGGGCCCAAAGUGUCAAAGUGCUUUUGACGAAAUCAAGCUUGCUAUGAUAAGCGAGCCAGUUUUGGUGUUGCCAGAUCACACCAAGCCCUUUAAAGUAUUCACCGAUGCAUCCGACGUUGCCAUUGGUGGGGUCCUGUGCAAGAGGGACAUCCAGUUGCUUAUAAAACUACUUCUUAACCCAGAAGAAGUUGUCACCAAAGUAGGCUCAUUGGCAAGAGUUUCUUACCGAGUUCGAUUUUUCCUUGGAACACAAACCAAGGAAGGUAAAUUCUUUGGCCGAUGCAUUAAGCCGAAGGAGGUUCUGGAAGGAGUUGUUCAAGUUGAUGGGAUCAAGCUUGAACUUCUCGACGAGUGUUUAUCCACAGAUGUAUGGGAAGACCAAGAGAGUGAAUGCACUCGUAGAGAUUUACUUGAGGCACUAUCAUAUCAAUUUGCCAAGGAGUGGCAAGAACAACAUGAACUCGCCCGAGCUUGCUUGCACAAGGCCAGGAAGUGGACCAAGAAGUGGGCGGAUCAAAAGCAUCAGGAUGUGAACUUUGAGGUUGGUGACCUAUUCCUUGCCAAAUUAAGUGGUAUAUUGCACAACCUAUAUCACAAAGGGCUUGUGCGAAGAUACGAGGGGCCAUUCAAAGUUUUGAAGCGAGUAGGCACCAUAGCCUACAAAUUGGAGUUGCCUUCGACCAUCAAAGCUCAUCCUAUGUUCCAUGUGAGUUUGUUGAAGCUGUACUAUCAGGAUGAGGAGGAGCUAGAUCGAGGCAAGUCACACCGAGCGCCAGUCGGGGUAAAGGUCUCUUAUUAG